GAAGAAGAAGAAGAAGAAGAAAGCUCCCUCGUCUCUUCCGGUUAAGGCCAUGAUAUCAGCACGUUUUAUUCAUUGUGGAAUAUUUAUUUUUAUCUCUCGUCAGUGAUGCGGACUAUUUUAUGACAGGGACAUCACAACACGUUGUUUAUCUAACGGAGGACAGUCUCAUUCAGCUCACAAAGUGUCCCACUGAACACAGAGAGCUGCAUCAUGAUGGAGGAGGAGAGAGUGGAGACACCAGAGGAGACAUCAGACGAGCAGCUGGCAAAGCAGCACCGCAAGGAGAAGAAAGAUAUGCAAGCUAAAAUCCAGAGCAUGAAAACCGCAAUCCCCAAAAAUGACAAGAAAAGGAGGAAACAGAUGACAGAGGAGAUCGCAAAAAUAGAGGCUGACCUAAACCAGAAACACGAGGAGGAAUUGAGGCAACUCAAAUCUACCACCAACACAGAGGUGGAAGAGGUGUUAAAUGGAGUGGAGACCAUGAAGAUGGAGGGUGGAGGAGAAGAAGAAGAAGAGGUCCAACAGCCACGUCUAACCAAGGCCCAGAAGAGAAGGGACAAGAAGGCUGCCCAGGAGAAGGAGAGGGAGAGCAGGAUAGCAGAGGCCGAAGUGCAGAACUUGCAGGGUGUGAGGCACCAGGAGGGUCUGAAGCUGGCUGAGAAACUCGCCCAGCAACAGCUUCAGAUCAAGGAGAUCUCUUCUGAUGGCCACUGCAUGUACCGUGCAAUUGAAGAUCAGCUGGCACACCGAUCAAAGCCUGGGUUAAUCAUGAGUGUGAAAGAUCUCCGGUCGCGCACUGCCGAGCACAUGAGAGGCCAUGCUGACGACUUCCUGCCUUUCCUCACCAACAGCAACACCGGUGACAUGUACACAUCAGAUGAGUUUGAGAAGUACUGCAGUGAUGUGGAGCACACAGCAGCUUGGGGUGGACAACUGGAAUUGCGAGCUUUGACCCAAGUUCUUCACUUGCCAGUGGAAGUGAUCCAGGCCGACUCCCCAACUAUAAAAAUCGGGGAGGAAUUUGAUAGUGAAUCCAUCAGCCUUGUCUAUAUGCGUCACGCCUAUGGACUGGGAGAGCACUACAAUUCUGUGGAGCUGCUGAAGGACCCGGCCAAUGCAGAGGACAGCUGAGAGACAGCUCAGUCUUGGUGUGACAUAAACCAAUGUGUGUGAUGCAGGGAGUGUUCAAACCACUCACACCAAGGGCCCCUAAAUACAAAUGUAUUUGGAGGGAGACCCCUCCCCCUAAUUGAAGACAUUGUUAAGCUGAGGUUAACAGAGUUUGUUGCUGUUUUCAGAAUGGGUUAAACACAUAAUUGUAUGUCUCUGUUUAGAAGUCAAAAGAUAUCAGUGGGUAGAGUGAGAUCUAGUUCUGAAAACAGUAUCAUUCUGCUGAUGAAAAACAGCAUAGAGGGGGAAAUUAACAUGUCCAUGAUUUUACAGUGGACACCCUUGGUCUAUCUCAGUGACCCCAGUGCUUCACUUCAGCCCACUUUGGGAAGCGACGGUGAACCACGUACCUUUUUAUCCAUAAUGGGCAGGAGAGGAUGUAAGAGAUGUUGAUCGUUCCUGUCACUCCAAAUGUCAACUGAAGGGUUGUUGAUCUUUUGCAGUGUUCUAGGAAUGAACUGAACUGUGGAAAUUGUAAAUCACAUCAAUGUUACAUAAACAUAUACAAUACUAA